CUGUACAGAUUAUUAACACAACUUUCAUUUUCUAGAGAUGAGAAAUCAUGAAAAUUAAUUGAAAGCUUAAUUGCUACUAGAUAAUCAACAACACAUUUUUGUCUGCCGAAAACCUGUUAGUUUUCCAAUGUAAGGAAAUGAUCACAUGCAACUGUUGCCAAUUGGCACGUUCCAAAAUGCAGCAACUUGUGCCAAGGGACACUGAAGCUUGAUGUGGCUACCAUGGGCAAGGGCCUCAGUCUAAGGUACAGUUGCCUCUGGAAAUUGAAAGACUGUGCCCUGUGUAAUAAGCUCUUUGCUGAUUCUCAAAUACAUUAUUUAAAAAAGAGAAAAAAGCAUGAUUGGCAUUGAUGCAUUGUAAAGAAAUGUAUUAAAUUUCUGGUACAGAAAAUGUAGAUUUAAAAAAAAACUUCCUUAGGCUAUUUACUAUACAUAUUAAGAAUAUAGUAUUUUUUCGAUAAAAGUAAAAAUAGAAUGAAAAGGCAUUGAGUAAGCAUCCAUAUAAAGAAUCGUACAUUAAUUUUCUAAGUCAAAGACUCCUCAAGUGAAAUGAAAUGCAAAUUUACAGGCAUGCAACUCGAGAGCAAACCGUUCAAUGAUUUCCAGUUGCACAUGCUUUAUUAAAUGGUGAUGAAUUUCUUUUUAACACUCAAUCCAUUGGAAACAAACAGACAUGAAUUAAAUGAAGUAAAAACUACUUGUAGGGCUUUUUGUUUUUCCACUAAAGAAUAGGGGAGCCAAGCUUCAUUAGAUUGGAUCAGCAGCUUUCACUGCUCCCGAAGGCUACAUGGAAUUGGUGAGGAGAAAUUACACAAGAGCCAAGGCAUCAGGCGGGGAAGAAUGUUUCAACUUGAAAGAUUUUGGUCAGCAUUCAGUUAAAAGAACAGUAAAAAAGAACUCGACUCGAGUCUGUGUUGAAAGCACCAAGCGAGAAAAGCAACACGUAAUGGUGUACGAGAAAGACAGUGAUCGGAUGCAAACCUCACAACAGCGCACGAUGUGGACCUCUUACAUGAACAGGAUCCUACCACAGAAGCAAUCGCGCAAAGAAAGCAUUCAAGUAAAAGAAGCCAUAGUUUUCCCUGAAAUUGGUAACAAUUUACCAGGAAUCUCAUCCUUUCUUGUUACACAGAAAGUUGGCUCCAAACGUCGAUCUCUCUCAGACAGCUUGCAGGAACUAUUCUUUACUCCUCGGAUUUUGGACUCUCAGAGAAUUUCAUCUCGAAUCAUUGAUAUUAAAGACAGCAAAGCAGCGGAAUGUCAUUGGAAAGUGCCUUACAGAAGGCUCAGUGAUGAUAUAGACUCAAGAAUUAAGACACAUUUGAAGUUUCACUUCCAUCAACGACUUCAGAAGCAGAUCAGUCAACGUAACAGAAGUGGCUCAUCUUCAAAUGAGGACGAAGGAAGCCACUCGGGCAGUAACAGAAGUUCCCUGGACUUUGAACAGUGCAGCAAUAUUUCUGUAUUUGAACCUGACAUCUGCCUAUCACCUCGGCUCCAGGAUAAUCCAACAGAUGAUUGUGAGAGUAUAUUGUCCACAAGUCUGGUAAACAAAUUAGUACAAAGAGAAGAACCAAAACUGAAAGAAGAAGUGAGUCAGGAAGAUAACUAUAAGACAUUGGCACCCUCAGCUCCGGCUGAUCGUCAAGGGAAAAGCUUAGCAUCAGUUUUCAGUAGUAAUGUGGAGAACGACCAGGGCUUUGAAACACAUCAAACAGGAAUUUCAAGCACUGAUGGGUCAAGAUGUUCAGGGACCAGACAGACAGGACGUUCUCAGGCCAUUGAAAGCACAUCCAUACCAGACUGUCCAAACCAAAGUCUAGCAAUGCCUGAACUAAAACAUAAAGGAGAAACCACUAAGAUCAUUUUAAGCUGGGAAUGUACGGGAGACUCCAACAGCAUUCAGGACCCAAAAGCCCAAGAAGACCACCAUCCAGCAGAUCUCGAUCCUGUAAAUGAAAUAAUGAAAGGAAACCUCAAUCUUGCCUACUCACCCAAGAAGAAAAAAUUAAUGAUUUACAUUUGUGGUGGUUACAAAGAUACAGAGCAUGAAAGAAAUGCACUAAUGAAGGGUGCUUAUCCUGAACUAUACACAUACUGUAAAGAAAGAGGUUAUGACAUCGUGAUGGUUGACCUCAGGUGGGGACUGAAGGAUGGAAUUAGUGACAACCAUACAAUGGCCCGUCUACAUCUUGAAGUGCUUAAAGAAUGCCAAAAAUCAGAAGGUGUCAACUUCAUUCUCUUAAUAGGACAAAAGCAUGACUCAGCUUACCUUCCUGACACCAUAAUUAAAGAUGACUUUGAAGCUAUUUUUAACUGCAUUGAAAAGGAAAGAAUGGAGACAACAAAACUGACGCACAUAACUCACAUUCCUGAACCCUGUACUCUGACCGAAGAGCCUGGAUUGCACAGGGAAUCUCAUUGUACGGAACUCGACUUAAUCAAGAGCUCUAAUCUAUUUAAUGAGGAGCUGUCAGGAAGCUGUGAUGAUGAUGGAAGUGCAACCCUAUCUGCACAUUACCAUCAGACUAAUGACACAAGUGACCCAGCCAUGAAAACACCAUACUCUGCAUUGGACCUUGGAAAAGCUAUUGGGCUGCUUCAACAGUGGUACGAGUUGGAUGAAAAUUGCAUCCCCAGUGUUUACAGACUUCAGCCAAUCAGUGCACACUUCAAAGACUUUUACAGCAAGGAUCCCUCCCGUAGACUACAAGCAAGGAAUAACUGGUCAAAUUCUUCCCGGAAGCUAUGGAGCAUUCUUCAGAAAUAUGCACCUGUGGCCCUUAGCAAAAAAGCAGCUUCAAAUCUCCUUGAAACAGUUAUAGAACAGGAGGUUAAACAGGGUCUGCAGACCAAAGGAAUUCCAGAGAACCACUGCCAUUGGUUCAAGCGGUAUAUCACCGACAUUCAGUACAAUCUUUCAAGUGAGAAAGUUUCAGAUUACAUUGAUAUUUUACCACGGAAGUCACAGCUGAAUGUACCCAUGUGGAAAGCCCACAAAAAGUUUGUUGAAAGUAUCCAUGCCAGGCUUCGUCAUACCAAUAUUUAUGAGUACAAGGUCAGCUGGGGUCGGGAUGGAAUCAAUCCAAAGCUCAACAGGUCCCACUUUUUCUACACAGAACAUUUGUGUAAUGAUUUUCGGAAGACCUUCAUUGCCCAUUUUAACAGGACGGUUAGCUCAAAGGAUGCUGUGAUACUGCCAGGGACAGAGCGUAGCUGCAACACAGCCAGAAGCCAGGUCCAGGAGGAGAUGCUGGAGCAUGUGCAGCAUUGUCACACACUAGCAUCAUUUUUCAUUGGAAGAGAAACUUUCUUGCUCAGCCUGAAGGAAUGUCUGCAACAGUCAAAACAAAGACCGAUUGUACUUCUUGGGGAAGCGGGAUGUGGCAAGAGUGCUCUUGUUGCCAAGGCAUCCAUUCUGUCCUCCGAAUGGAUCUCAGGAGAAUUGAGCAGAAUUGUUCGCUUUGUUGGCAUCACUGGAGAAAGUAGAAGUAUUCGCCUGCUUCUUUGGAGCUUGUGCAUCCAACUUGCCGAAAUAUAUAAUAAGUCGAUAUAUUUCUCAGAGGAGUUCUCAGGUCUGUUAAAUGAGUUUACUUCAAUGCUGGAGCUUGCUACAGAAGACAAGCCUCUGUUGAUUAGUUUGGAUGGCUUGGAAGAAUUAUCUGAUGACUACAAUGCUCAAAAUCUUUCCUGGUUUCCCAGAGAACUGCCAAAGAAUGUCUAUAUCAUUGUAUCCAUGACAGUUGAGGAGAAUCAGGCAGCACUAAAGAUUUUAAAGGAAAAUGGGAACAUUCUUCAUAUCCCACCGCUCACUUCCGAGGAAAUAGAGGAAAUGAUCAGUUCUUGGUUGAAGAAAGACCAUCGGAAACUGACAGCUGACCAAUGGGACUUACUACUGGAAGCUUGCAGUGGGUGCCCUACUCCUCUCUAUCUCCAGUGUGCAUACAGGGAGUCUCUACACUGGCAGUCCUGCACGCUGGUCUCAGACAUUUAUCUACCACAAAGUCUGCAGCAGUUGUAUUCAGCAAUUCUUAGUAGACUGGAGAAAGAACAUGGGAAAGAGCUUGUGAAGAAAGUAGCAGGGUUACUGACAUUGUCAAGAAAUGGUGUCACAUUUGCUGAAAUGAUUGAUCUUCUCUCUUUGGACCAGAUGGUCAUGCAAGAGGUCAGACAAUUCCAAAAUAUUUCUCUCUGUAAGGUGCCCACAGUAAUCUGGAUGAAGCUUCAGAGAGACUUGAAAAUCCACAUAGUAGAGCAGAUGACUGACAACACGCACACAUUUAACUGGGCCCAUUCAGCAUUGAAAUUUAACUGUUUGAAGAGGUACCUGGCAUCAAAAGAUGAUCAGCUCUCCCUGCACUCAACUAUAGCAAACUAUUUUCUGGGAAAAGCAUCUGUCCUCUCUGGAAAGUCGAGCAUCUGUGGCCCAGAGGAUCUCAAUGGCCAGCCCCUGGCUUGGGUUUGCAGAGAAGAUUCUAAAGUGAGUUACACCUUCAACCUCCGAAAACUUAAUGGAGUUCCUUACCACCUGCUGCAGUCGAGCCAAAUGCCAGCUCUGUUAACAGAGUGUCUUUUUAAUUUUGAGUUUUUGCUACACAAGGUGUGGGGUUUGUCCAUCAUCAGCGUGGAAGAGGACCUGAGAGGAGCCAUGACACUAGAAAGGAAAGUUGAUGACUUGAACAUACUGAGUGAAGCUAUCGAGUUGUCUAAAAGGGUCUUGCUUCAGGAUCCACGCCAGCUGGCUUCACAACUCCUCGGUCGCCUUCAGCAGAUCGUUACAGAAGAUCAACCAGUGACUCCAGAUGACCCAAGAAAAUACCCCUAUCUUCUGCGUCUGCUGAGUCAGUGUCAAAGAUCUUCAGUCCCUUUCCUUGUGCCUUCAUUUACUUGCCUAUUGCCCCCGGGUGGUUUGAUGUACAAGACAUUGUCAGGUCACACUGACAGGAUUACAGCAGUAACAGGUUUCCAGAAAGGUCUUCAAGCUAUCACUGCAUCUCGGGAUAGGACACUGAAAGUAUGGGACCUGACCCGUGGCAAAGUUCUGCGUACCGUUCAUGGAGUUGGCAGAAACAUAGACUCCAUUACCAUGUGCAGGCAAAAUACGCUGGCUGCAGUUACCGAGAACAACUCCCUCCAAGUCUGGGAUAUCCAUUCCGGAAAGCAGAUAUUUUCAACCAAUAGCUCUCUAGAUCCUCCAAUAGUAAGAUCAGCUUUGGAUGGACAACAUUUGCUGGCCUUUUAUGAUGGAAGCCAUUCUGUUAAGAUUUUUGACCUCUCUAAUUGCUGCACACUGCUACACCAAGUGGAUAUAUCACCAGAGAAUGACCCCAUACACAAGGAUCACACUGUUUUGGUAUCUGAGAACUCAUUGAAUGAUCAAAUUCUUUUUGCCUAUCGGAGUGGAAAAGAAGCUGUGGUGUUGAGUUCUAAAAAGGGAAAGGUGGUUGCCAAGCUGCCAGCCAGUGAUGAAGCAGCGUCCAUUCAAGGAGUGGCAGUCACCAAAGAUUAUUUUCUAAUGGUCUGCAGGUAUCCAUGCUCAAGGCUGCGUGAAGUACUCCACAUUGAACUGUUUGGUGCGAAGACUUUUGCUUACGUCCGCACAGUAACAGGUUGUUGUAAUCAUCACCUUUCCUUCCUGUCUGUGAAUGACUCAGGCUCUCAUCUUGUGGCACUUUGCUGCUCUCUCAAAACAAAUAUCUCCAAGAUUGUCUCCUGGAACCUAGAAACAGAAGACCACAAACACUUGGCUGCUUUCUCUUCAAUAGCAGUUGCAGGGACAUGCCUUGACUUGCGUUUCUGUCUGGCAAUCUGCAAUGGAGAGAACUUUCUGCGGGUGUGGAACUUGGCUUUGAGGAUAAAUGAUCAAUCACUAGCCGUCACUACAAGUAAUAUGAAGAAGGCUGAAGGCAUUGUAGAAAUCACUCCCAUGAAGAAUAAUCCCAGUUAUGCUGUAUGCAGGAGUUUAAAUUCUGAAGUUAUAUCGAUCUGGAACAUAAGAAAAUCCAAGUAUAAGGGCCAGGCAGUCCAAAUGGAGAGGGGUUUGGUUGACAGUACAAACAUUGUACUGGUGAGAGAUACAAAACUCUACAUCCUUUCCGAUAAGGGCACAACCACUCAUGCUGAAACACCUCGGCCCAUUUUCCAGACUCUCCUGAUGUAUGAUCUUCUAAAGAAAAAAUACACAACAAAGUUGACUGGUCUGUACAUUAUCCCAAGCCCUAAACAUGAAUACAGAAUCUUGGAAGGGGAACUACUCCUUGGGUUAUCUGAAUACAGGGAUCACCUUGUUAUCUGGAACUUGAAGACUGGAUUUAUCAAAGAACGGAUCCGGCCCACAUACAAAGACCAACUUCCCCUGUUAAAUGGUCUUCCUUCUCACUCAAAGGAUGACUUCUACAGAGAGCUUCUGACCAAGCGGAGAAAAAGAAAAGGGUCAAGUAGUUCUGUAGGUAAAGCUUUUAUGACCCCGUGGGACAAACGUAAUGAAACCAAGACUGCACGAAAGAGAAGGCUGGAAAAGGAAGUGAAGCAGGAAAUCACAAUAUUGCAAGAGUUCUGUAAAGAGAAAUCCAACCCCAUUGAUCAGUAUCUUCUAAGUGGGAAUGAGAAGGUGGUCGUCUGCUCCUACUUUGCACACCAUCUUGCUGUUUUUAAUUUGGAAACAGAGACUCAUACACACACUCUCGAAGACAAGUCAUCUAUGUUGUUCUUGCACAACGCAGCACUGACAAACAGUGGCACCUAUCUUGUGCUGUCAAACUACAAUGAUUCGGAGAAAGUUAGUUAUGUCACUUUGUGGGAUUUGUGUGCUGGCAAGGUUAAAAAACGUUUAAAAAAUGAACCGAAUGUGUGUUGCACUGCAAUAACGAACUCUGCUGACCGAAUAGUGUUUGGAGUUGUGGAAGCAAACAGACUCAAAGUGUGGGACCCCUUCAGAAAAGGACACAAGUCUAUCCUUGGUUAUAAAAACCUUAACUUUGGUACAAACAGUGCAGUGCACUUGAUAGAUGGUGGAUCAAAAGCUAUUGUUCUGGCAGGUGAUGUAAGUGUAUGGGAUCUAGAUGGUGGGACUGUACUGUCAAUUUUUACUCCUGACAAUGCCAUUACGACCAUGACUCUAGCAAAGGAAAGCAACCUCAUUCUCGUUGGCAUGAGCAACAACCCUGUCCUCAUCACCUUAAAGCUGACAUCAAAUAAUAAAGUUCAAUUAAAUUCAGGAGGAGAUAUGUUUGGAGAAGCAUCAAGUAGCAGUGAAGAUGAUGAAAAUCACAAAUAAAAUCACUGGCUCGACUAAGUCCCAGUGGAAGCUGAAAUAAAAGAUCCCAUGAAAGUUAAUACCAUUUAUCAGACAUUAUUAAAAUUUGCAGUCUAUUAGCCUAAGAAUUCCUUCUUAUAUUGUAACAGAAAAAAGUGUAAUUUAAAUGUCCUGUAUACAUGUUACUUAAUAGUUGCUUUCAUAAUCAAAAUUCCAUGCUUUCUGAAUGAAUUACCACUGUUUGGUACCUUUUCAGUACCAGAUGAGAAAUAUUUAUUCUAAGCAACCUGCAAAUAUUGUUUGGAAUUAAAUGUUAAUAUUCAAAACAAAGUCAAAUAAUGAAUUCACUGACAUUCAUCUCUACUAUCAUCAGCAGAUGAGCAUUACAAAAGGUUGUUCAUUUGCAACAAUGUAACAGAUUCCCUUUACAAGAGAUACUGCAGAUGCUGAAAACACGCUCAAAAUGCCAGAGGAACUCAGUAUGUCAUCGGCAUCUAUGGAAAUGAAUAAACAGUCAUUUGAGACCAAGACCCUUCAUCAGGGCUGGGAAGGAAGGGGGAAGAUGCCAGAUGGGGGAGGGGAAGGAAGACAAGUUAGAUGGUGAUGAUAGGUGAUGCCAGGUGGGGGCAAGGGAUGAAUUAAGCAGCUGGGAGGCAAUAGGUGAAAAAGGUAAAGGUUUGGUUAAGGAGACUGGACCAUGGGAGAAAGGGAAGGAAGAGGGGCACUGAGGGAAAUGAUAGGCAGGUGAGGAGAAGAGGCCCAAGUGGGGAAUUGAAAAGGGAUGGGGUAUUACUGGAAGCUGGAGAAAUUGAUUUUCAUAUGAGGUGUUGCUCCUCCAACUUGGGAGUAGCCUCAUCAUGGCAGAAGAGGAGGCCAUAGACUGAUGUGUCAGAACAGGAAUGGGGAUAGAAAUUAAGAAGUUUGGCUACUGGGAAAUUCCAUUGUUUGCAUACACAGCAGAAAUGCUUAACAAAGCAGUCUACAUUGGACCUCACCAAUGUAGAGUAAGCUACAUCAGGAGCACCAGAUACAGAAGACAACCCCAAUAGAUUUGCAGGUGAAGUAUUGCCUUUCCUAGAAGGACUGUUUAUAGCCGAGGGAGAUCAGAGGGAGGGCAAAAGCUGCAGAGAAUGACAUGUAGGAUGCAGAGGCUCAUGGAGUGGUAGAUAAGGACAACAGGAACUAUAACCCUAUUAAGAUAAAGGUGAGCACAUGUUUGCAGGAAAAGGAGGAGUUUGGGUGAGGGCAAUAUCAAUGGUGGAGGAAGGGAUACCCCUUUCUUUGAAAAAGAUGCUUCAUCCUGGGAACAGGUGAGUGAAGACGAAGGAAUUGAGAAAAGUGAAAUGUAUUUUUACAGGAGACAGAGUGGGAAUCGGCAAGUUUAUAAAUGAUAUCAGUAGACAGGCUUGUCUCCAGAGAGAUCAAGAAAGGGAAGAGGUGUCAUAAAUGGCCCAAGUGAAUUUAAGGGCAGGGUGGAAGUUGGAGGCAAAGUUGAUGAAAUUGAAGCAGCAUCAAUGCAGUCAUCAUUUUUUUUGACAUUUUAGAGUUUAACAACAUAAAAACCAUUAUUCUUGUGCAGACAUCAUUCAGUAUGGAACCAAAAAAUCUACUGAGGUUAGUUGUCACAAGAAAAACAACACACUUGAAGAGCUAUUAUCAUAUAUUCUAGCUGUUUGAAAAAGUUUGAUUUCUGGAAGAUCUAAUUAUAAAAAUGCAUUCUAAAUCCUGAAAUGUUGUAGAAUAAGUGGUUUGCAUCCUUAUUUUUGUACACAAGAUGUUGAUUAAUAUGCCAAUACAAAAAAUUUUGCA